AUGGACAGUCAACCAGUGGACAGUCAACCAGUGGACAGUCAACCAGUGGACAAUCAACCAGUGGACAGGCAACCAGUGGACAGUCAACCAGUGGACAGUCAACCAGUGGACAAUCAACCAGUGGACAGGCAACCAGUGGACAGGUUGGACAGUCAACCAGUGGACAGUCAACCAGUGGACAGGUUGGACAGUCAACCAGUGGACAGUCAUCCAGUGGACAGUCAACCAGUGGACAGUCAACCAGUGGACAGUCUUCCAGUGGACAGUCUUCCAGUGGACAGUCUUCCAGUGGACAGUCAACCAGUGGACAGUCUUCCAGUGGACAGUCUUCCAGUGGACAGUCAACCAGUGGACAGUCUUCCAGUGGACAGUCUUCCAGUGGACAGUCUUCCAGUGGACAGUCUUCCAGUGGACAGUCAACCAGUGGACAGUCUUCCAGUGGACAGUCUUCCAGUGGACAGUCAACCAGUGGACAGUCUUCCAGUGGACAGUCUUCCAGUGGACAGUCAACCAGUGGACAGUCAACCAGUGGACAGUCUUCCAGUGGACAGUCAACCAGUGGACAGUCAACCAGUGGACAGUCUUCCAGUGGACAGUCUUCCAGUGGACAGUCUUCCAGUGGACAGUCUUCCAGUGGACAGUCUUCCAGUGGACAGUCAACCAGUGGACAGUCAACCAGUGGACAGUUUUCCAACCAAAAGUAUCUACAGAUGGUACAAACAUUUCAAGAAUUCUAGGAAGUGA